AUGCUUGGAGACGGCAGGCAGCUGGGAGGCCGGGACAACCUUCACCUAAACAACAGCAGCAACAGCAGAGGCAGCAGCUGCACGGAUCACCCCUGGCCGACAUCCUCAUCAUCAUCACCAUACAGUAAGCUACGGGACUUUUUUCGGAAGGAGAUGGGGCUCGCCAACAGUAAGCACAAGAUGACAUGCGACAAGAAAAAGAAGCAGCAGCACAAGGGUCUGGGCUUGGCGGCGAAAGAGCACAUUACAAAGGCGCCUUUGGCCACUGCCGAGGAGGACUUUGAGCGGCCAGAUGUGGCCGGAAACAGCUGUGGCGGCAGUGGUGGUGGCCCCAAGGCGCCCAGCCCUGCAACUACGAGGAGGUGGAACAGGUCCGUGGGACGACGGCCACAGCAGAAGAAACACUGCCUGUUUGUCAAGGGCCGGCGCGAAGAAGAAUGCCGCUUUGUUGAGAACAGCCACCACGGCCUGACGCCAGACGCACACCCCUCCUCCUCCAGGAAGUGUUCGCCCGCACCCUCAACGACACGGUUCAAAGGUCAAGCAAACUGUGGCUCGCCUGUUAACGGCCGGCAGCAGCAGUGCCAGGGACAAGAGAGCAACUGUAUUGAGGGAGAGCCCCUUGAGGGAGAGCCAUACGGAGCUGACAUGCCUGACACAGGUAAACAAGACCUGGCCACACACCACCACUUACACUUACUAGAGCCCACUUUAAAUUCUGAUGCUGAUUGCGAGGCGGAUAAGAGCAGCUGCUGCGGCGGCAGGGAUCGAGUCGCCGCCACCACAGAGGUCACGAAACUGGAGAGCCUCAAUCAUUCCAAGCACUACAGUCACUCUCUGAUGAUCCUCUCCGCCGAAGUUCCUGCUGUGGAACUGAACAGUGCCAAGGAACAGAAACAGCAGCAGCAGCAGCAGCAGCAGCAUCAACAGAACAGUUCCCAGAUGGGAGAUGGGAGCAUGACUAAUACUGAGAGACUGGCCUCGAGUACAGCACUGGGACCAAAGGGAACCGAGCAAGAGACUCGGGAGCCAGCGCCAGCGCCAGAGACACAGCAGCCAGAGACAGAAACAGAAACGCGGCUGUUGUGGACGAGUAGAAAGAGGAGGGCCGUGCGGGACCAGAUCCGACGCGUGGUGGUGGAACUGGAGGGGAUUUUGCGCGGCCUAAAAGAGGUUCAUCUGGAGAUGAAAGAGGUGGUCCAGCAGAUUGAGCUCCUGACUUCAGACAUUGACCCCCCAGGGGAUCAGCCGCACUCCGGUCUCCAUGGCGACGCGUCGGGGGGCAGCAGAAGCUCCGGCGGGGUGACAACAGUUGGCGGCAGGAAGGGGGAGCAAGCGGAGGAGGGGGGAGGCGCGGAUUUGGCCAAAGCCGACAAUAUCCCCUCUCCACAGAGGACUCUAACUGACCCCUCGGAAACUAACGGCCCCAUGCUGUGCAACAUGGUGGCCGAUGAUGAGGCACAGCCCACUGGGAACCGGAUUGAGGACUGUGUUAACACCUUGCCAACUGACACACCUGACAGUGAUUCUCCACCAGAAAACCAGUCCAGUGAGCCAACCAGGAAUGAAAGUAAAAAAACAGGUGUGUGUAAACAAACCACCUUGAAGGCAUCCAUUCUGGGACCCAGGAACAAGAAACCCCCACCGUACCCCCACCACCACAACCUGAAAACAGCCAAGGCAGGGCCCAGGGACAAGGGCAAGGAUUGUCCGAAACCAAAAGCUGUACCUCCGUACCCCGUGAAACGCAGGCUGCUCUCCACAACUGUCUGA